GACGGACACAAAGGAGAGGAGCGGCCGGCCGCGGACGCGAGCCGUGGGCCGGGUGGCCUUAUCACCGUUGGCCACAGUCGCUUCGCGCGUCUCGCUGAGUGCACGUCUCUGCGCGCGACCUUUCUCCGCGAACUCAGCCGCUCGACACUUAGUGACUUGUGAUCGACGGAUCAGUGAAACCCGAACUGAAACUUGUGUGUGCACGUGCCGCGCAUUGCGCACCCGUUAUAUCUAUAUUUUUAUUGGACGGAGUUCCCCAUUCACGGGAUUUAUAAUAUCACAACGGCUGGCCUGUCAAAUAUUGUAAACAGCGCACACGUGCCACCGGCUCACAAAGUGCGGGGCGCGAAAAUGGCGACCAAGGGCAAGCGGCCGAUGCGAGCCCUCACACCCGGUGAUAAGAUAGAGGCUAUUCAGCGCGUUAACGAUGGAGAAUCCAAGGCCUCUGUUGCUCGGGAUAUAGGCGUCCCAGAGUCCACGCUGCGUGGUUGGUGUAAGAACGAAGACAAGCUACGCUACAUGACAUCACGACUGUCCUCACCUGACACCGAUAAGAGUAACGAUGGUGAGCCGCAAGACAAACGCGCCCGCACCGAAUCACCAGUCGCGCCAUCAUCACCGGUUACAGCUGGUCUCGAUCUCACCACACCAACCACAACUGCGCAUUCUACACAACAUACCACAACUGCUGUUGAUGCUCCUGUUGAACUCACCACCAAGCGUUCUGAACCUUCACCGGUACCACAUCUGCCGCGUGACCGUCGACCAGACCCAGGCGCCAGCGUCUCGAUGAGCGCUAUCAGCCCACUAUCUGGCCUGGCUCAUUUACCCGGACUCGCACAUUCCCAUCUCGGUCUGAGCUUUAAUGAAAUUGCAACCAACUUAACACUCCUCGCUCAACUUAAUCCGGGUCUUUCCGCCUUGACUGCCCAACCGGCUAGUCGAGCACUGCGCUCCAUACGAUCACCUAAGCCUGCACACAACGGAGUUCUGAGUUUGAACGAGAGCAAACAUCGCAGCAAACCACAUCACCAUUCUGACCCGUAUCGAUCGAGUGGAUCAAAAUCUAGUCACCACAGUACAACAUCCACAACCGCAAAUCAACCAGCAGAUGAUUCACUGUGGUAUUGGUUAAAGUCACAACAAGCAAUGCUAGAUUUAACGGCACAAACAUCUCAGUGUCAUCAAUACCAAUUAGGAAAAGUCGAUCCAACUACUGCUCCGAAACCUGUCGCCCCAGCUCCACCGGUUACCUCGCACGUUGACUAUAAUCGAAAUUCUUGGCUAUGGCAAUAUUACAAACAAUUCGGCGGUGCUAUGGCAUUGCCGGAAGACAAACACAAAUCGGCAUCCCAAGUGCCAAAAGAUAAAAAUGCAGAAAAUAUUCUUUAUUCACAUUUAACUAAAGGGAAAGAUGAAGAGCAUGGCGCUAUGAUAAACCCAGUCCAAUCUCAAGUAAAUAACGAAAAUGCCAGGGACACGAGUCACAAAGAGCCGCGUGUGGCUGAGCCGGCUGCUAGCCCCGAGAUUAGUACUGAGAACAAGGGGCCACUAUCAGAGAAGAAUCACGAAUCAGGCAAAAAUCAGACUAAAGCUCGCACAGUGCUCGAUAAUCUGUUGUUUAAUAAUACCAAUCAUAAUGCAAGUAAGGAAUCAAAAAGUGUAGACUUGCCGAACGGAGAAUGGGAUGCGGGCACGGCAGAGGCGUUGGAACAUGGUGACAAAUUCCUGGCUUGGCUAGAGGCUAGCGGCGACCCGAGUGUGACGCGCAUGCACUUGCACCAGCUGCGGGCACUUCUACAGAACUUACGAGCAAGGCGCUCCUCUGCCGCGGUGCCCGCCGAGCCCUCUGACCAUGCUGCCCGUCGCAAAUGAACUGCCAAGGACGCUCCGCGCUCGCUACAGGGAAUAUUUCAAUUAUGUAUAUAGUUACGUCGUCGCCAGUAAGCGUUCACUUGUGAUAUGUGUAGCCAAAUUUGCGUAAUUUCUUUGUUCUAAAAAGAAAGCUAUGCAUUAUUUUUCUUUAGCCCUAAGACUUAACUAGAUGUAACUGUGAGAUCCGACGCACCCUCCAUGGGUCCGUCUAGGUGUGCGUCAGCUAACAAACUUGAUAGCUAGUAUUAACGCUGUAAAAAUGAAUGUUAAUUGCAAUCAAUAUUACUUUCUUGAUGCACACAACUGUUACGUGGUUAGAUUAAGUAGUUCGUUCAGCUGUAUGUUGCCAUUUGACUAUUACAUUCCUAGUUGUACCCUUACUAUAGUUUAUAGUUGGAUCCCCUAUGUUCUACCUCAUGUCAAAACUAAUACUAAGUCAAGGCGUCCUUUCAACACAAUGAGAGCGGUGCGCCUACACUGCACGGUUGCUGACCAGAGCUGGCGGCGAUUAUCAACGAUACCAAAUAUUGAAAGGAUGCACUCGUAUUGUGCCAAUCGUACGAACAAGGUAAUAUUUUUAAGAUAUAGAUGACUCUAUUGCGUUAGCGCUAGGCAUUCGUUGUGUAAUUGUUUUAUAUUGCUCAGUAUUUUAUAUGGUAGACAUUUCUAUGUCUCGACUCGGAUUUGUAUUAUAUGUUAAAGUUAACAGUUAAGAACACUGUGAUCGAAAUUAUAAAUUAUUGAGAGAUUAUUAAUACUGUAAGUUACAUUCCUAAUUAAUAGAGUGUAUUAUGAUAAUGUUAUCGGAGAUGUCCAAUGUAUAGGUGCGUUGUAAUAACAGCGUAGCGCAACCACCUUAUAUAAUUAAAAAUAGCUGAAAGUUCAAAAAUUGUAUCUCUUCUCUACUGAAGAUAGAAUUUAUUAAUUUGCAUUUCAUGUUAAUUAUAUUAGAUCUACUUGAAAUUAUUCGAGAGAUGAUAUUUUGUACAAAAUUAAAAAUUUGAUUAUGAAAUGAUUCUCUUAUCACAGAGUUUGUGAUCUCCAAAAUGUUGAUUAAAUUGAAUUGAAUCUAUAAUGGAAAA